AUGGGAAAAAAGUAUUAUGCCAUUGCCAAUGGGCGUAGCAAUGGGGUUUUCAAUGACUGGGGGUCUGCCAAAGAACAGGUUCAUGGUUAUUCCAACGCAGUUUACAAAUCCUUCAAUACCGAAGCAGAGGCGAGAAGUUUUGUGAGCUCCAACAGUGGAGGAGAAUCCAGUAAUUAUGGUUCGGGUGGAGGAUCAAGUAGCUAUGGAUCAGGUAGUGGGGGCUCCACUAGUUACUCACCCAGUUACAAUUCCGGUGGCUAUGGAUCAAGUCGUAGUAGCUAUUACUCUAAUACCACAAUCAAAGCUGCGACAAAAACUUCUCCUUCCGUGAAUAGCUAUACAGGAUCAAGUAGUGUUGUAUAUAGUGCUUCUAGCUCCUCUUACUCCAGCCGUAAAGGUACUAGCAAAGUCACAAAGGAUGUUUACGUUGAUGGAUCAUCGAGAAACAAUGGCAAACCAAAUGCCAAAGCAGGUUAUGGUGUGUAUUGGAAUGAUAACGACCCCAAAAACUAUCAUGCCCCUCUCAAAGGGCCAGUUCAAACUAAUCAACGUGCUGAAUUACAGGCUCUUAGGCAUGCCACAGAUUCAAUUUUAGAUGAUAUCCGUGCUGGUAACGGUAGUCUGUAUAAUGUCCAUACAGAUUCUCAAUACACGAAAAAGGCGGUCACCGAAUGGAAGGAUAAAUGGGAGCGAAAUGGAUGGAAGACAAGCACAGGUACACCGGUGGCCAAUUCUGAUUUGAUUAAACCAAUUAUCAGUAAUAUCAAAGAGAUCAACAACGAAGGAAGCAUCAAGAUUUCAUACGUCCCUGGACAUAAAGGUAUAUAUGGGAAUGAGAUGGCCGAUGCUUUAGCUAACAAAGGUGCUGACAAACAUCCUCAAUAG